AUGGCCGACUCCCCUGAUCAAACCUGCACAACGAGGAAACGCCAGGGAUCAUCUGACAGAAUCAGUGUUCUGCCAGAUGAUAUCGUUGUUCGCAUUUUAUCAUUUGUUUCAACGGAAGAGGCCGUGGCCACCUCCAUUCUGUCCAAAAGAUGGCGUCCUCUUUGGACUUUGGUUCCUAUCAUCGAUCUACCCGAUUUCGAUUUUGACAGCAGCGACAAUCAGGAAAUGUUCAUUGAGUUUGUGAGGAAUGUUUUACGGAUUAACAAAGCAGUUUCUCUUGAAAAACUCCGUAUCCAAUGCAAUCCAGAUUAUGCCUCGUGCGCUCACACAUGUAUUUGCACUGCAACAGAGCGAGACGUGCAAGAAUUGGAUAUCUACUCCUACGAAACAGACACAUUCCAUUUACCAAGGGACUUCUUCAAUCGGAUCAACAUGCUAAAGGUUUUGAAACUGGGUGAUGGAGUUUUGGUAGAUGUUCCUUCCGGAGUUUCCUUUCCAAAUCUCAAGACCCUGCAUCUUUCGUCGGUUAAGUACACGGAUGAUCCUUCUGUUGCCAAUCUUUUCUCUGGUUGCGUAGUUCUUGAGGAAUUGCUUAUAAAAAGAAUUUACAGUAAUGAUGGGAUCCAUAUGAAUGUUUCGAUAUCUACAUUGAAGACUUUGUCCAUAGAGUACGAUUCAGGACUUAGAGACCACUCAUUCGAGAUUAAUGCUCCAGCUCUCGACCGUUUGAAUCUUAAAGAUGUUAUCCUACGAAGGAAUUAUUGGAUGUUUAGACCAGAUAUGCAUGUUCAUUCACGCGAAAACGCAAACAAGCUCUUAAGAGUGUUCUCCGGUGUCAAGUUUCUUUCUUUUACAGUGCUUAACUGGCCCAAUCAACUGGGCCGCGACUGUAAUCCGUUGUUCGUUAAUCUGGUUCGAUUGGAGCUAAAUGUUGGUUUAAAGAACUGGAAUUUGCUAUUGCUCUUCCUGGAAAAUUCUCAUAUUCUUCAAUUUCUUGAACUCACUCUCAGUGAGGGUACUCAGAAUUCGUUUGGCUCUAGAUAUGAAAACACCUUGACACUGCCAAAGCAUGUUCCUAUAUGCUUUCUGUCAAGCCUCGAAACAGUUUGUUUGAGAGCAUUUGAAGAGUCUGAACAUGAGUUGCAAUUGAUAGAAUACAUUUUAACUAAUGCUAGCUUGUUGAAGACAAUGAAGAUCUCUGCCUAUGAUUCCGUGUUGGAAACUUUCCUUGUUGACGAGAAAUUAUCAACGAUCCCAAGGUGCUCCAAGACUUGUCAACUUGAAUUCAAAUGUCAACCAUAUGUUCCAAUCGAGACACCCUUUAUACCUUUUGGUUAGCUGCAUCUUUGGGACUGCCUCGUUCUAUGAACUGGCUUGAACAGGUUCAAAUUACAUCUUUUUUUAUAGGAAGGGCAACCAGGUGGCUGAGAUCUUUAGCUAUUAUACAGUGUACCCUCAGGACUGGUUUUAUUUAUUGCUAUUUUUAUUAUGAAAAAAAUCCUAUGAUAUGUUUGCUAUGGAUAUUCUUAUUAUUCAUUG